AAGGGCUGUGCUAUAUAGACCGCAAGGGAAAGGCAGAGAUCGAGCAGAGCUCAGCUCCCUUCUGCUCACUGCUCAGUCCCUCUGGCCCCUGCUCCGCAGUGACAGCUGAGGAUGGAUGCUGGGACAGCCGGGCUCGUCGUUACUCUUUUCCUCCUCUACGUCUUGUGUUUUCUGGUCUGGAAAAAUGAUAAGAAGAGAAGCCAGCUGCCUCCAGGGCCAACUCCAUGGCCCAUCCUGGGCAACUUAUGGCAAAAAGAUGUCCUUCCCCUUUACAAGACCCACAAGAAGCUCAGGGAGAAGUACGGCCCCGUGUUCACCAUCUGGCUGGGACUGAAGCCAGCCGUGGUGCUCUGUGGAUACGAGGUGGUGAAGGAUGCUCUCCUCAGUCAUUCUGAGGAGUUUGGAGGGAGACCUGAAAUACCCCUUCAGGUCCAGAUAUCAAAAGAUUACGGUUUUGCCUCCAGCAACGAGAAGAAGUGGCGGGAACUGCGGAGGUUCACGCUCAGCACCCUGCGAGACUUUGGGAUGGGGAAGAACACCAUGUCACAGCGUGUGCAGCAGGAGGCCCAGCACCUUGUGGAGUGGGUGACAAGCCUCAAAGGUGAGGCCUUUGAGCCAAUGAUAAGUUUCAGACAUGCAGUUGCUAAUGUGAUUUGCUCUGUUGUCUUCGGGAGCUGUUACAGCUACAGUGAUACAACCUUUCUGGAGCUAUUGGACAUGCUCGGGAAUUACAUCAGUUUUUUGUGUCCCCCAUUGCCAUGGUGUACAACACCUUCCCCAGCAUCAUGCACCAUCUCCCUGGGCCACACCAUAAAAUUUGCUGAAUGUGUGAAACUGAAGAACUACAUCCAAGAAAGAAUCGAGCUUCAUAAGCAGACCCUGGAUCCCAGCUCUCCCCGGGACUACAUCGACUGUUUCCUUAUAAAAGCAGAGAAGGAGAAAAGCAGCCUGGAGAACAUGUACAGCAACGAAGACCUGGUUGAGUCAGUAUUCAGUCUCUUUGGUGCUGGGACAGUGAGCACUAGCAACACCCUGGUCUUCUUCCUCUUGGUACUGACUAAAUUCCCCCAUGUUCAAGACAAGGUCCAGAAGGAGAUCGAUGCAGUGGUGGGCACAGACCGCGCUCCCAGCACAGAGGACAAGCUGAAGAUGCCGUACACCAAUGCUGUGAUCCACGAGCUGCAGCGCAUCCAGAAGUCCCGCAGUGAGAACUUCCCUCGGAUGACGACGCAGGACAUCAAGUUCAGGGGCCACAUCAUCCCCAAGGAGACAGCUGUUAUUCCAGUAUUAUAUUCGGUGCAUACGGAUCCAAUCCAGUGGAAGAACCCUGAAAAUUUUGACCCAGGCAACUUCUUGGAUGAGAAGGGCGAAUUCAGGAAGCCAGAAGCCUUCAUGCCUUUCUCGUUAGGAAAGCGGAUGUGCCCAGGAGAGGCACUGGCCCGGAUGGAGCUCUUCCUCUUCCUUACUACGCUGCUGCAAAAUUUCACCUUUGAGCUUGCCAUCAAGCACGAGGAGACAGAUAUAUUCGCCCUAUGGCUAGAGAUAGAGAGACGGGCAAUACCGGCCAAAUUCCUCGCCAUACGACGUCAGGCGUAUUCUUGAGCAGAAAGCAAACAGCAGAAGCAAGUGGUGUCCCCGUGCACCUCCACAUGUGUUCAAUUGGUCAGAAAUCAGAGAGCAGUGAAAAUGUGAGCUGUACAGAAGCUGAGGCACAAAAAAGGGGGGGUUGUGUUGGGCUUGGGGUGCCAGUCUUCCACUGAGAGAACAGAUAUUCAGCUCUGCCGCAAACUUUAUGGGUGUCCUUGCUCCUAAUCUUAAUCCUCCUGCGUCCCAGUAACACGAGGAAGACCGCACUGGUUUUCCUACCCGGUAUCUGUUGGCUCUGGUUAAACCUUAAGCUCCCUGUGGCAGGGCUGCCUCCAGCUGUAACUCCCUGAGCGUGGCGGUACCUCAUUUUGGUCAGACAUUGUGAGUGCUUCUGUAAUAAAAAUAACCAUCACUACUCGAUGCUAA